GUCACGUGUCCCUGUAAUCUGCAAUCUCAGGCUCUGGGUAGAGUUCCAGAAUUGCUGUGAAUGUUUCCCGAGCAGCCAAUAUUCGGAAAGAUCCAAGGAGGACCAGGAAACCAGAUCCUCGUCUCGCUCUGCAUGGUACACGUUUGGGAAAUCAGAUCCAGCUCAUGUGGGUGACCAUGCUUGGCUUUCACUCUCUUAGUGCCACUUUGCUGAGUUUCUGGCUCAUUUCAGCUGCACAAGGAGAUUUUUGUGAAACAAACAUAUGUUUUAAUGGAGGAACAUGUUUAUUUGGUGAAAAAAUUGAUCCAUUUUGCCUUUGCCCAGAAGGCUAUACUGGUUAUCACUGCAACGUGACUGAGAAAGGCCCUUGCCACCCAAAUCCAUGCCAGAACAAAGGAGAAUGUGAAGUGCUAUCCAAUUCUCGAAGAGGUGACACCUUUGCAGCAUAUUUCUGUAAAUGUCCAUCUGGAUAUAACGGAGACCACUGUGAGAACAGUGACAACCUGUGUUCCUCACAUCCUUGUAAACAUGGAGGGAUCUGCAAAUACCAUGACAACAGUUACACUUGUAAAUGCGCAUCACCCUUUAUAGGGAAGACAUGCCAUAUGCGUUGCGCCAAUGCUCUGGGCAUGGAAGGUGGCGCUAUAUCAGAUGCCCAGAUAACCGCCUCCUCACUCUACCAUGGCUUUUUGGGUCUGCAGCGAUGGGGGCCAAAUUUAGCCCGUCUCAAUAACAAGGGAAUGGUUAAUGCGUGGACUUCAAGCAGCUAUGACCGUCAUCCAUGGAUUCAGGUCAAUCUGUUAAGAGAAAUGAGGGUAUCUGGCAUCAUCACACAAGGCGCUAGCCGAAUGGGUACUGCAGAGUUCGUAAGAGAGUAUAAAGUGGCGUACAGUAUGGACGGGAUUGAUUUUACCGUCUACAAAAGUGAGGGGAAGGAUACAGACAAGAUUUUUGCCGGGAAUGUAGACAAUGAAAGUAGGAAGGCUAACAUAUUUAGUCCUCCAUUUGCCGCUCGCUACAUCCGUAUCUAUCCCCUGACUUGCCGCAGAGCCUGCACGCUACGGUUUGAACUUUUUGGCUGUGAAAUGAGUGUGUAUUUCAACACGGUAGGUUGCUCUGAACCGCUAGGAAUGAGAUCCCAUCUGAUUUCCGAUAAGCAAAUCACAGCUUCCAGUGUCUACAAAACCUGGGGUCUCGAUGCAUUCACGUGGUACCCACAUUUUGCCCGGCUGGACAAGAUUGGCAAGAGCAAUGCUUGGACUGCAUUGGAGAAUAAUCACUCCGAAUGGCUGCAGAUUGACCUUGAAGUUCCUAAAAAGAUCUCUGGAAUUGUGACGCAGGGUGCAAAGGAUUUUGGCAAUAUUCAAUAUGUAGAAGCUUUCAAAGUGGCUUAUAGUGACAAUGGCACUACCUGGAUUAUAUACCAAGACAGUCAUACAAAAACAGAUAAGGUUUUCCUUGGAAAUAACGACAACUACUCCCAUAAAAAGAACAUCUUCAGUCCACCGUUUACAGCCAGGUUUGUGCGUAUCCUUCCCCAGUCGUGGCACGAACGCAUCACACUGCGCAUGGAGCUGCUGGGAUGUGAAGACUAGACGUUGGGCAGGUAGAUGAAGUUAGCGCUGCGCACGGAACGGUCAAGCUGCUGUCAUCGACCCAUCUACUGAUAUAAUGGCUGUUCGAACCGUAUUGUUCCAAACAUGAUCUUCACUAAAGCACCAAGUCCAGCCCGGACAGAAUAUCACUUUACGGAAAUAACAAUGUUGGACAGGUUGGGACUUUUUGCUUCCUGUAACUCUAAUAGUUCCUUAUAAUCAAACUAAAAUGCAAUUAAAAGCCGGUAGCUUGAUAUCUUGUACUGAAGUGGAAUAAUGUGGUAUUCGAUGUAAUUUAAGAACUUUAUUAUGCAUAUUGAUUUUUAUUUUAUUGCUGUAACCAUUUCAGUGUUUUAAACAAGUGCAAUCCCUUCCCUUUUGGAACAGAUAUCUUCCAUUACUUUACAGUUCUUAUUUCGUUAACAUGCGCUGCUUCACAGAAUUGAUCUUUCUUUGUUUCACCCGUGUAUAUAGGAUGUGCAUUUGAAUACAGCUAUUUUGUGUGCUAAACAGAAUUGUGUAAAUGUUAGUCUCCUGAUAGAUUCACACUGUCCUUACAUACUAAAUAACAAAAAAAAAUUACUUUAUUACUCAGCAGGUUUUAUUUAACACCUCGACUCAAUCCUGUAUGGCGGUUUUAAAAUGUUGAUAUUAUGCAUUUGCUAUCUUGAAGAAAACCAUAAAUAAGAAUAAUAAAUUCAAUUGUUGCCAGCUCUUCCAGUUAUUAAUGUAGUGGUGAUGCUGGCCGUCUGCCACAAAUAUACCAUGCUGUAGCCCCCACCCCAGCAAGUAGAACCCCCAGCCUCCUUUACCCCAUGCGCGAGUCCCCUCGCAUUUUCCUUGUGGGGGGGGGGCUUUUGGCACAAAUCCCUAUGGCCCUGAGCUGUUCACACCUCUCAGUCCCUCUGAUAGUACUACCCUGGGACUUGGCUAGGACUUGGGCAAGUUGGCCUAGGACUAGAAAUGGCGCUCAGUACAGCCACAUCUUAAUUACAGCUAGUAAUAUUACGUGUAACGUAAAAUGUGCAGCACUGAUUUCCGUCUCUUGCUCUCUAGUUUUAUCGCAGUUGUGAAAUACAAGUGGUGGUGUCAACAAUUGU